AUGGAAACCCUCAUUGGAAUGGGAGCAAAUGGAUUUAUUGUCCUCAUCAAUGUCAUUGACUGGUUGAGAAGCAGGAAACUCUCCAUGACUGAUCUGAUUUUGACCAGUCUUGGUUUGGCCAGACUUGCAUGGCAGGCAGUGGCGAUUCUUUUUGUAGCAUUCAUUUUACAAACUGAAGAGUCUUUUGCCUACAACGAGCUCCAUUGGACAGCCACAGUUUUUGAAAAUAUGAACGCUGCGUAUCCUGCUGGACAUGCCAUUAUCCUAAUAUUAAUUAAUCCCAAACUGAAAAAGGCAUGGUUCAGAAUGCUACAACAUUUCAAAUGUCACCUGAGUGAAGCAUCUUCUUAA